GAGAGAGAGAGAGAGAGGUAAACCAGCCGGCGAGGCCGGCUUGUGAUGAUCUGCACCUUUCAAAAUUUUGCUUCACAAAAAGGGAAGACAAUCCCACUCUUUGCGGUCAAUUCCUUGCAAGAUAGGACUCUUGAAUCAUCCUCUCUCAAAUAAAAGCAGCUGGCUCCUUUGAGAUUCAUCAUCACCCAUUAAAACCCAGGACUUGGAUUGCUCUUGCUGUUGGACUUUGUGUCUUCCUAGUAGCAUUUUUAAAGCACCAGAGAAUUAGAAGAAAGUAAAAGAUCAAGAUGGGAAGCUUUUUAGGAAGUGAAGAUGCCUCUCUUUCCCACUCAGACCCUUUAGUUUUGGAGCUCAAUCGUUUGCAGAAUUUACUCAGAGAGAAGGACAGGGAGUUAGGAGUUGCCCAGGGAGAAAUCAAAGCUUUGAGAGCGACUGAGGCUCUGAAGGAUAAGGCUGUAGAAGAGCACAGAAAUGAAGUUACUAAAACGGAAGAGAAACUCCGAAUCAGUGAAAAUCUUGUUGAACAUAAGAACCUUGAAAUCAAGAAACUAACAAGUGAGAAGAAAGAUGCAUUGGCUGCACAACAUGCUGCUGAAGCAACCCUUAGGAGGGUGUAUGCAAAUCAAAAAGACAAUGACUCCGUUCCUAUUGAGUUAGUUGUUGCUCCUCUUGAAGCUGAAAUCAAAAUGUACAAAAAUGAGAUUGCAGCAUUACAGGAGGAUAAGAAGGCUAUGGAACGUCUCACCAAGUCAAAAGAAUCAGCUCUAUUGGAAGCAGAGAAGUUCUUGAGAAGUGCUUUAGAUAGAGCUUUAAUGAUAGAGGAAGUUCAAAAUCAUAACUACCAAUUGAAGAGACAGAUUGAGAUUUGCCAGGAGGAGAACAGAAUCCUUGAGAAAACCAAUCGCCAAAAGGUUUUAGAGGUUGAAAAGCUUAGUCAAACGAUUCAAGAGCUUGAGGAGGCCAUUCUAGCUGGUGGGGCUGCAGCAAAUUCCAUUCGUGACUACAAACGGCGGAUGGAAGAAUUGAAUGAGGAAAAGAGGACUCUGGAAAGAGAAUUAGCAAGAAUCAAAGUUUUAGCAAACAGAGUUGCAACUGUGGUGGCUAAUGAGUGGAAAGAAGAAAAUGAUAAGGUCAUGCCCGUCAGAAAAUGGAUGGAAGAGAGAAGACUGCUGCAGGCAGAGAUGCAGCGCUUGAGAGACAAACUAGCCAUAUCAGAGAGAACAGCUAAGGCAGAAGCACAACUUAAGGAUAAAUUAAAGCUCAGACUUAAGAUUAUUGAAGAAGGUUUGAAGGAUGUCUCGAAUUUCUCGGUCAAUCCUAAAAGGUUUUUUGGGUCCCCAAGAACAGAGAAGUCCAGUAACAUUUUUGGCUUUCUAACAAGCAAUGGUGGAACGAAAAAAAGGUCUACAUCCCAGCCAAGGGCUUCUUCCAUCAGUAGAAGCUUAUUAUUGCAACAACCCAGUAUGGAAAAUGAAACAGACAAUGUUGCUGGAGGAGACCUAAAACAAGCAAGUAGCUUGAGAAAGAAAAACUCUUCCGGAGAAAAUGUGCUGAGAAAAGGCAUGUGGGCAUCUAGAAGUAAAGUUGUUGAUAGCAGUGAAAAAGAGAACACAGAAAUAAGGGCAGACACAGACAUGAAUAUCAGUAAGGGCAACGAGGAUGAAACAACAGCCUCACCAGAAAUCAAACCCAAAAGUGGCAGCAAUGUGGAUCCACAAAACGAAGGAAGUAAUGAAGAUGUGGUCUCAGGAUAUCUGUAUGAUAGACUUCAAAGAGAGGUCAUCAACUUAAGGAAACUUUGUGAAGUAAGAGACAGUACUUUAAAUGCUAAAGACGAAGAAAUAAAGAUGCUCAUGAAGAAGGUUGAUGCACUGUCAAAAGCCAUCGAAGUAGAGUCUAAAAAAAUCAAGAGAGAAGCAGCAGCUAGAGAAAAGGAAGCUGCAUCAAUGAAGUUUCAACCCAAGGCAUUGAAAUCCUAGAUGAUAUGACUUAUCUAAAGAGAAGACAUACAUACUUAUCUAAAGGGUAACGACAUCAUCAUGAAGAUUCUUUACGUUUGGAGAAAAAUUCGAAAUUAAUAGAAAAUUAGUGGAUUUGUUUGCAACAUCGUGUGGUUUUUCAGUGUACAUACACAGAAGAAGUUUGAUGAUACACGGAAGAAAUAAAGUUCUGCUUUGAUGUGGGAACUGACUUUGUAACAUCCUCAGAUGAUGUUGAUUUGCGUUUUCCUCUGCUUGAGAGUAUGUAAAUGGUAUCCCACACGGUUUCAUGGCUUAUAUUCGUGAAUAAAUAUUAGUUCGAUUCAGGAAA